GUAUUUGCGUUGCGCGGACGGGCGGACGGAACGGAAGGAUCACCAACUCCUCUUCCUCUUCCUCCUCCUCCCUCCGCCGCCGCCGCCGCCGCUCUUCCUCCCCCCCCCCCCGGCCGCAACAACAACAACAAGAAGGGGCGAGGAGCAUGGAACCUGAUCCGCCCAAGAGGUCGCCCUGGAAGCAGCCCUCGUCCACGCCCAACGGCGCCACCAUGGACGCCCGCCCGCCCCCUCCCGCCGUCAUCGACGCCAAUUCCUGGCCCGCGCUCUCCGAGGCCGCCAGGGCCCCCAAGCCUACUAACACGGACUACUCCUCCUCCUCCUCCUCUCCCGCCGCCUCGGCCAAGCACUCCUCGCCCUCCCAGCACGCUCGCCACAAGCCGGCCAGGCGCGCUGACCACUCCCCGCGGGAUGCCUGGGACUCUGGCCCUGGGAGGGGCGCCGCUCCUCAGAGACCCCACAACGGCGCCGCCGGCAGGAGGGGCUCUGGCGCACGCAGGAGAGGGGGUUUCGACGCCUUCUACCGUGGCCCCCCUAUAGGCAUUGCCCACUACAUGCGCCCUGCCCCCCCUCCGCCGCCGCCCAUGGCCGUUGCUCCGCCCUUCAUGGGGGGACCUCCACCUCCGCCUAUGCGACCUUUCUCUGCUGCUGGACCUGUCGUCUUCCACGAAAUGCCAUCACCUGUGUCUCCUGUUUCCCCAAUGUACUAUGUUGGGCCUCCCCCUCCUCCAGAAGCUCUCAGGGGUUUACCUUUCCCGCCUACCAUGGUUGCUCCACCUCCUUACCCUUACUAUCACCCCUCCACUGACCCUGACCCAGAGCCCGAGAAUGAGCCUGAGCCUGAGCACCAUACUGAUCCUCAACAACAUCGUGCCAACCUGCUCAAACAGAUUGAAUUCUACUUCAGCAAGGAUAACUUAUGUACAGAUGUUUACUUGAGGAGAAAUAUGGAUGACCAGGGCUGGGUUCAUAUUGCUCUUAUAGCAGGCUUUAAGAAGGUGAAGGAAUCCACUGGUGACCUGCAAUACAUAAAAGACACUAUCCAGUCCUCAUCUAUACUGGAAAUGCAGGGUGACAAAAUUAGGAGGCAAAAUGAUUGGAACAAAUGGGUGAUUCCUCGGGAGAGCAAACCUGGCUCAUCAACUGCACCAAACCCUAAUAUCAACAACCUGACAGAACAUCUUGGAGGCAUGGGUCUGCAGGAAUCAGCAGCUAGCUCUAGUACUAGUAGCACGGUGGAUGAAAACCAUCGUGAGGUUCUUCCCAAUGGACCAACUUCCGGUAACAACCAAACACCAGUAGUUGAAGACGGUGCUGGUAAGCUCUAGCUAUGAUGGGUACACAUUGGCUCCAACGCAGUUCAUACUAUGACUGCAAGGGUUUUGUCCGAGCGGCGAGUGACAGAAUACGAGUAAUGGUUUGCAAUUUUUUGAUGGUGGUAUGCUUUUGGGGUGCAUUAGACUAACUAGUGGAGUUCGUUUCUGGGGGUUUCAAGUAAGAUGCUUUUUGUUGGUUUACCCUGGUACUGUGAAAGUUUCAGCCUUUCAGGUGGUCGGUAAAAAAAAAAAUUGCUGUAGCUGAAACAAAACAGCAAACAGAAGGAAUAUUUAGAGGCAACAAAGAAGAAGAGGGGGGAGAGCCACCGGACGACGAAGGUGCACUGUGCAAUUCUUGAUUGGCCUUGGGGGUUUGCGCGACAUUUGUCCCUGAAGUGUGAAGUAAUGUCCGUUUCUCCCCCCUUCUGGAUGUAAGCCUCCAUUUUUUUUUUUACGGAGGAUCUGAACUUUCUCGCUCAGAGUCAGGAAGAUGACUAUUCGGCAAGAAUCUUUGGAACUAGCUUUUGAAUGUUUACUACUACUGUUAAAAACAUGCAUGCGGAUGUUUCUUCGGGUGGUUUGGGAAUUUGGGGUAGGAAGGUGAUGGUAAGCAUGUUCCCAUGGCGAAGCGAUUUUCUGUAGCUCAAAUAAUUCACUUUUGUUCGUUGUUGAUGGCUUUAUUAUGUCCAUUAGCAAAUUUAACAUGAAUUGGAUGGGGUUCGGCGCACAUUAAUUUACUAGUGUGUGCCAAGAUCUGGCGUCGCCUUGAUGGUUGAAGAAGGUGCAUGGCCACCCAACUGCAUUGAUGAGAGGUUGCCUGUUAUGUUAGCUGUUUUCAUUUGGUCGUCCCAAAAUGUUAACGAAAAACAGGUGGCCGCCGUGCGUCUGCCUCGAUGGUGGUAUAA